AGCGUUCCAGCCGGCGAUGACGCGCUUCCUGUGACGCAGUGAGAUUUUAAAACAUUGUCCUUCUCAGUAAUGGCGGCUUCGUUCCCUUCGCUUUCGCUAAAUAACAAUAAAUGGUACUUCACGCGCGAACAAAUCGAAAACAGCCCAUCUCGCCGAGCGGGACUUGAUCCCGACAAAGAGCUCUCGUACCGACAGCAAGCUGCUAACCUGCUGCAGGACAUGGGACAGCGGCUCAACGUGUCUCAACUUACAAUUAACACUGCCAUUGUGUAUAUGCAUCGGUUCUACAUGAUCCAGUCCUUCACUCGCUUCCACCGGAAUGUGAUUGCUCCUGCAGCUCUCUUUUUAGCCGCGAAGGUGGAAGAACAGCCCCGCAAGCUGGAGCAUGUGAUUAAGGUGACCCAUGCGUGUCUCAAUCCUCAGGACCCAUCACCAGACACCAGGAGUGAUACAUACCUGCAACAAGCCCAAGACCUGGUCAUUCUUGAGAGCAUUAUACUCCAGACCCUGGCUUUUGAGAUCACCAUUGAUCAUCCCCACACACAUGUUGUCAAGUGUACUCAGCUUGUGCGAGGUGAGAACCAGCUGCUCACUGUAAACUGUGCUUCGUAUUGCUCAGUAAUGGGUACUACUAGCCCACCAAGCUCACAGAUUUCACGUCUGAUUAUGAGCCUUCCAUUUGUUCUUCCAGCGAGUAAAGACUUAGCUCAGACCUCAUACUUCAUGGCAACAAACAGUCUCCACUUGACAACAUUCUGCCUGCAGUACAGCCCGCCCAUUGUAGCUUGUGUUUGUAUUCAUUUGGCCUGCAAAUGGUCCAACUGGGAGAUUCCCGUUUCCACAGACGGCAAACACUGGUGGGAAUAUGUUGACCCCACGGUGACCCUUGAGCUGUUGGAUGAGCUCACUCAUGAGUUCCUGCAGAUCUUGGAGAAGACACCCAGCCGCUUAAAACGUAUCAGAAACUGGAAAGCUGCAGGUCAAACUGCCAAGAAAUCAAAAGUUCAAGAUGGUGAUCAGUCAGAAGCCAUUAUGAAUAUGAUCUCCAUGGCAUCGGCCGACAGCACGUUGGCUGGGCUGAUGAGCCUCUCCGCCCCACCCUCGGGUUCCUCCAUGGACGACUCAGCCGAUGACCACAGUGCUGCUCCCUCAUCCCAACACUGGCAGCCUCCUGCCAAGGACCAGCCCACUACCAACGAGCUUCACGCGCCUGCUAAGUUGUCUCUGAGCGAGUAUCGGGUGAAGCACGCAGACGAGCUGGCGGCUCAGAAGCGGAAGUUGGAGAACAUGGAGGCAAGUGUGAAACAGGGAUACGCCACUGCCGCCCAGGCCCUCAUGAACCAGCAGAGGAAGGAGAAGCACCAUCACCACCAGCAGUCCAGCUCUAGUACCUCAGACCUAAACAACCCCUCACCCAUCGUCCUGAAGAUCCCGCUGGACGAGCGAUCGGAACGCAGUUCCAUAAAAAUGCGCUUCCCAGUGGCAGGCCAAUCAGGCAGCGGGGGGAACAGCAGCAGUAGCAGCAGUCGAGGAUCUGAGCAGGACAUUAAAGUGCGGAUCCGAGUUCCGGAAAGGCGAAGUGGGUCCGGAGAAGACGGGAAAAGUCGUGAGAAACACAGAGAGCGGUCCAACCACCACCACCAUCAUCAUCACCAUCACCACCACCACUCAUCCUCCUCUUCCGCCACUGGCUCGUUAUCAGCAUCGUCUUCCUCAUCCUCAGCACAAAAACACUCGAGUUCCGCCAGCGCGUCAGGAAGUAGCAAAAAGGUCUCAAGUGAUUCUGUGCGAACAAGUUCUUCGUCAUCCUCAUCAAGAAAAAGGACUCACUUGCCGGAUCCUACUUCCGGCAGCCAUCCCUCGAAAGUUAGCAAAUCAUCCAGAAACUCAUUUCAGUUGCCGACGCUUCCCGGAGUGCCCUCCCACGCGAUGGGUCAGGGGUCCGACAUUCUUCCCUCGCUGAGCCUCUCGCACCAUCAGGGAAACUAUUCGCACUCCAAGUCGGACAAAGCCGACACGAACGGACACAAUACGGGCAGCCAGUCCAACGAAUACCAGGACACGUUUGACAUGUUGAACUCGCUGCUCAGUGCACAGGGCGUUCAGCCGGCACAACCUCAGAUGUUUGACUAUCGCUCUCAGUACGGAGACUAUCGGUAUAGCAGUAGCGCUCGCGGAGGAACCCAGGCGCCUCCUUUACCCUCAGAACCACCUCCACCUCUGCCGCCACUGCCCAAAUAAACCCCUUUCCACUCAUCCGUCCACAUACGCUGAUCAAAUCGGUCGUCUUGGGAAUCCUGGGUUCCUUUUGUGCAUCUAACUUUGUGAAAUUGAGUUUGACAGCAGAGUAAUGUAAGGCAAAAAAUGUACCUGGUGAAUCUUUGCCCUCAUGUUGUCUUGCGUUUUGUGCGAGCGAGUGUGUUCACAACACCCAUCUGUGGCAAUAAUGUUAUAAUAGAACAAAAUAUUGCAAAAAAAAAAAGCAAAAAUGUUAUUUAUUGAAAAAAAAUUGUACAUACUAUUUUUGAUGUUGCUCAGUUUUAUAUCAGCGCUAACAGAAAAUCGUAAUGGAAUUAAGGGUAUGUAUUACUGAAUGAGAGGGACCCACUGUCCUCUUUAAAAAGUGUAACUGAAUGCAAAAAAGGAAAAUGUUUUUGUUUUAUGUAUGGAUUUAAGUCUUGCUAACAAUAUAUGUCUUUUUUUAUCGAGUAUGGUAUUUAUUAUUAGCCUUUUAAAACCAUAGUUAUUAGCAGUCGUUGCUUGAAUGCGUCAGACGAUAUCUGGAUUUAUUUUUAUACUGUUGUAACCUGCUUCCCAGUCUGUAUUUACUUGAUACGUCAUGUAUGUUUUGAGAAUGGACAUACGAAUCCCCAAAUAUUUGCAUCAAAAUGUAUGUUUCUAAUAUAUGAAUAGUCACUGAAGUAAUGUUUUGAUUUUGUUUGGUAAAUAUUUGUGGUGUCUUUUUGUUUUGUUUCUUUUGUAACCUUCAGCUUUGUAUUAAUUCUGUAAAUUGACUAUUUUUACAUUUUUCCAAAAAAAAAAACAUGCCUAAUUUCGGGAAAGUGUGUCUAGUAGACCUAUGGUUCUAGAUUCAGAGUCAGAUGCAGUCAUUGUUUUAAAUGGUUGUAGAAUAUCACGCUCAUAUAUGAUACACUAUACACAACAGUAUGUCCAGCUUGUACUCAUUUCAUUCUUGUAUUUCAGCUUUUUAUUUAAAAAAACCCAAAUGCUGUUAGAUACAGGCUAUUUGUCAUUUUAUGAUCUAACUGAUUUAUAAAUGGCCUUUAAACUUGAGUGAAAAUGAAUCUGUGAUGGGUACAAAUACAAUCCAAUGAAUCGUCUUUCCACCAAUUUUAAGUGGAACUAUUUUUAAUGCUUCUUUGGUUGAAAAAAUGACAACAGUGUAAGAUUCAUUCUGUCUGUGUUUAUAAAAUGGUGAUGCUAUUGUCCAUCAUAGCUUCAUUUUUAACGUUGAAAGGGAUAGUUCACCAAAAAAUGUCAAUUCUGUCAUUUGCACACCCUUAUAUAUAUGACUUGAUUUUUUCCUUAUAAUGAAAGUCUGUGGGGGUUGAUGUUUGUACUCCAAAGUAUCCUCAUUUUUGGACAACUAUCUCUUUAAAUAUGCCGUGUCUUCUAAGGUCUGUUAGGUAUUUGUUACCUGUCUGUAUUUGAACACUCAAAUCGACACUUGCAGAGCGAGAGGCGGAAAUGCUGACCGCUCCUGUUUAUUUGUUGUAAUACCUCCAUUUAUGUUUAACCCUGUGAUUGUAUCAAGGUCAUUUUUUCGUGUUUGGGAAUGACAAUGAUAAGCCAUCCAGUCCUGAUUCAUGAAAUUAAAACUUGGGAACUUAAAUGUUUUGAGCCAAUCGGUUUGUACAUUUUAACAAGAUUGUCUCCAUAUUCAUAUCUUGCUUGAUCAUGAUUUUGUAUGCAGUUAAUAAUGCGGAUUACUUCUCUAACUGUCCUGAAUUAAUGGCAUGACUUUCAUUGAUCUAUUUACAGACAAAAAAAGUGGAAGCAUGAAAUGGAGUUUCUACUGUCAAGAGUCAAUUUUACUUUAAUGUCGCAUUCUUUUAAUAAUAAGAUGUUAGCAGGGAUUCCGCCGUACUUUAAUCAUUUCCUGAUUGUGCCUGUUGAUGUUGAGGAACAUUUCAGGAACAUUGUGAAAUUAUAUGAAACACACUAUAAGCUAUACAAGAUCUGUUUUGGCAUAUAUUCCCUAUAUGAUGCACUCCUCGUUUCCUGUCCCUGUUUUAUCGUUGCUAAGUAGAAUUUGAAGGUUUACCAUCAUGUUUUAGUUUUGUGUUUGCUGGUUUCUAGUUUGGUUCAGUAAGACUGAAGAGAAGGCGUUCUGUGGGUCUAAUGCAAUUCAUGUCACCACUGUAUUUUCUAUGUACCUCCGUCUCAAGAAUAUAGCGUUUUAUCAAAUGUAUAUACUGUUUUCUGUGUUUUAGUGGUACCACAUGAACUCUCAGGUUUUGAAUUGAAUUGUUGGGGUGUUACUUGUCAGAAGUUAAGGUUUGCAUUUUUGUGAACUUGGUUCAUUUUUAUAAAUGUGGUUGAUGUACAAUAAUGUUUUAUGAGAAACAUACUUGUGGGUGUUUUUCUUACCGAUUGCAGUGUAAAUUGUAAUAAUGUGACAGACGUUCUACUCAUGCUUCUUGCAGUAAAUUCACUUUUCAGAUUUUUAUACGACAAAUUGACCGGUUUUGCUUCCACCUGAUGUCAACACCUUCAUGGUUUGCCUUUUAAUUCAGUGCUGGAAUAAAGAGAUACAACAAGGAA